AUGAUUAGCGUUUCAAGCUCUGCAAAGAGCACCGAGAAGAAUUCUGCAAAUGAGAAAGGCUUAUUGGGCAUUAUUUCGAAUGAAAAGGGCUUACUGGUCGCAGAUGAAUAUGAUGAUGUUACAUAUACAGAAGAAGAAGAAAAGGCAGUUGUCAAGAAAAUUGACCGUAUUGUUCUACCAUUACUAUGUUUUGUGUUUUUUUCUCAGUACCUUGAUAAACAGUCAUUAUCAUACUGCGUUGUUUUUGGCUUGAAAAAGGAUCUUCACUUAACAGGUAAUCAAUAUUCUUGGUUAACGUCCGGAUUUUAUCUUGCUCAGUUAGCAUCACAAUUUGUUUACAUUUAUCUAUUAUCCAGAUUUCCAAUCAAGCUUGUAACUGGUAUUUCUAUUAUUAUAUGGGCAGCUGUGUGCAUGUGCUUGGCUGCACCAACAAAUUUUGCAGGUAUGGUGACUGUGAGAUGUUUUUUGGGGUUUUUUGAAGGUUGCGUUUCUCCAGCUUUUGUGAUGGUCACCUCAAACUACUAUAAAAAAUCAGAACACGGGUUCCGUACUGCAAUCUGGAUUUCAAUGAAUGCAGUUGCUCAAAUUUUAUGCACUUUUUUGAUUUAUGGUAUUGGUAAAAAUACUCACCUUAGUAUCGCUGUUUGGAGAAUUGCUUUUAUUGUUUGCGGAUGUGUCACUCUUGUUGCCGGUGCUUUAUUCCUUGCAUUUGUUCCUUUCACCCUAAAGAAUGCUUGGUUCUUUAAUGAUAGAGAAAGACAGAUUGCUGUUAAAAGGCUUUUGAGUGAAUCUGACCAAGGUGAAAAGGACCUUUGGGAUUGGAGCCAAGCACGGGAAUGCAUUGGCGAUUGGGGUACAUGGUUUUCAUUCUUAUCUGGAAUUUUAGUUACCAUCACAUGUGGUCCAAUUAUUUUCUCCAGUUUAAUUAUCAAUGACAUGGGGUAUGAUGUUUACAAAACCUUAGAAUAUGGUUCUCCCUCUGGAGGGGUUCAAUUUCUGUGCAUCUGGGUUGGUGUACUUUUGUUAUACCUGUUCCCUAAGCAAAGAUGUGUUGUGAUUUCUGUUUUGAUUUUGAUUCCAAUUGUUGGAAACAUCAUGCUUUUGGUAAUGAGAGAAAGGGGUGGAUGGGGCGUGAUUGUUGGAUCUUGGCUUGGAUCUUGCAUUACUUCAUUCUACGCUAUUCUUUUGAGUUUAAAUGCUUCUAAUAUCAGAGGUAACACAAAAAAGUCGAUUGUUAACAAUAUGUUUUAUAUUGGGUACAGUGUGGGCUGUGUUAUCUAUCCUCAAUGGUGGAACUAUACCAAGGAUCAUACAUAUAAAAACGGUUUGAUUGUUGACAUCGCUGCCUGGGCCUUCAUGGAAGUAGUGAUUUACAUUUACCGUUUUAAAUGCAUCCAUGAAAAUAAGAGAAGAGACAACCUGUCCGAAGACGAAAUUCCUCAUUAUCCAGAAAACAUGGACUUGACCGAUGUCCAAGAUCUUCGUCACAGAUACAGUUACUGA